AUGGAAGCCGGAAACACAUCACAUAACGAGAACUUGUCCAAAUUAGAGCUCAUUCAGGGAGACAGCAACAAUGCCUUUCGGAAUGUACUCCUUUCUCAAAAGCUAGAUAUAAAUCAAAAAGAUCGUGAUGGGAAGACUCCAUUACAUUUGUCAUCCAGAUAUGGCAGAGAAGAGGAUGUGGAGUGUCUUCUGGACGCACGCGCCGACUAUAGCCAGCUUGACAAUUAUAACAGUAUGGCAAUUCACUAUGCUGCUAUGACUGGCGAGCUUGAAACUCUGAAAAUUCUUUACAGACGAGGCUCACAUAGAUAUAUCAAUGAGGCAAACUGUUCUCGCAUUGCACCACUGCAUCUAGCAAGUAUUUUUGGCAAUGCCAAUGUUGCAAAAUGGCUUUUGAAAAGGGGAGCAGCAAUCAAUCAGCCAGGAACAGGAGGAGACACUCCAUUGCACUUAGCUGUUUCCAGGGGUCAUGUCGAAAUUGUCGAGGAACUUUUGAACAAGGGGGCGGAUAUUCACAAAAGAAAUGAUGCUUCCUACUCCGCAAUUCUAAUUGCGUCUGAAAAAGCUCAUGUAGAAAUCUUCAAGAAACUAAGAGCAUCAGGUGCAUUUCUCUCGGAUGUAGGCGGGCGAGAUAAUGUUUAUUUGGUAGGUUCAGGUGUAGACAUUAACCAACUUAAUGCUAAUGGCUGUUCACCUUUAUAUCUUGCAUGUAUAAAUCAAAAACUCGAACAUGCCCGGUGCCUCCUGAUAUAUGGUGCCGGCGUUAACCAAAUAGGGCAUCAAAAUAUCCCGACUCCGUUGAUGGAGGCUUGCUAUCUUCCUUCCAGUUGUAUAGUCGAAUUGCUCUUGCAGCAUAAUGCAGAUAUGGAAUUAGAGAGCAGUCAUGGAAUGACUGCCUUGGCAUACGCGGUCUUCCGAAAUCAUCUUGAACACGUCAAGCUCCUUAUUCAAAAUGGUGCCAACGUCAUAUUUACUGAUCGUCAAGGAAUCGUACCUCUUCACACUGCCCCUUUGCGCCAGGAGAACAUUGGAAUUGCGCUCGAAAUCUUAGCUGCGGAACAAUACUACCCCAAAUUUCCAUCGGCAAAAUACCCUUACAUACAAAGCAUUUCGGAGAUUCGUAAAAUUGAGAUCGGAUUACUACAAGGUUUUGAAAGCUCUAAGUAUGAGACACUGGAGCAGCUUCAUAUCAUCACGUAUUGGGCAGUUUCUAAUGGUGCCAAAGAUUUGGCUAACCGAUGCAUUGAUCAUGAUCGACAAGUACUGCGCUGGACUAGAGAAGGGACUACAUGGCUUCACAUAACCUCUAAAAGUGGUAUGGUCGAAAUUGCACAACUCCCUUUAGGAAGAAUGAUGAUGCAAUCAGACACACUGGAUCAACCAUUAGGGUGGGCAGCAGUUGCUUUGAUUAUACAGCAAAAUAGUCGACGAGACUCGCCUUUAGCCAUUGCAAUUGAGAAAGGGCAUGACAAACUAGAGGACUUAUUGAUGGAGUCUUAUCCAGAUGUUUCAGCUCAAAUUCUUGAGUUUCUAGCUCGACAUGAAGAGCCCGGGAAUGAAAAGAUACUCAAAGGUUUCUUGAAGUCCGGUGGUAAGAGAGACGUCAAAGACUCGGAAGGUUUCACAGCUCUUCAGUGGGCUGUUUGUCGAUCCCAGGCAGUUAUUGUAUGGUGGUUGUUGUCGAAGGGCGGUUACUCGUUCGACAAGAUCAACAGCGCCUUAAAGCUUAUUGUUGAAAACAAAGACAAAAAGUCUGAAGCCAUAAAGGGAUUACUCCAGGCUCCUCCAUCAACCCUCGAUCAUGUCUAG